AUGCAUCUCCUCAAGCCCUUUGCUGUCCUCGCGCUGCUCGAGCUCGGCCUCGUCUCCGGCCAGGUCCUCACCACAUCCACCACCGCCGUCGCGGGCGUCGAUGACACAACCUCCACCUCUGCGACCACAACGCUAGGCGUUAUUGGCGACACGACCACCUCGUCUACCACCACUCCCGGCGUCGUCGGAACGACGUCAUCAACAACCACAGGCGUUGUUGGCGUCACGACUACUUCCUCUACCACGACUCCCGGCGUUGUUGGCGUCACGACUACUUCCUCUACCACGACUCCCGGCGUCGUUGGAGACACGACCACCUCUUCUACCACGACUCCCGGUGUCAUUGGAACGACGUCAUCAACAACUACGGGCGUCGUUGGCGUCACAUCCACUUCCUCUACCACCACUCCCGGUGUCGUUGGAACGACAUCCUCGACAACUACGGGCGUCGUCGGCGUCACAUCCACUUCCUCUACCACCACUCCCGGUGUCGUUGGAACGACAUCCUCGACAACCACUCCCGGUGUCGUUGGAACCACCUCAGCGACAACCACUACAGGCGUCGUCGGCGACACGACCACCUCAGCUGCCACGACCGACACAGCUACGACUUCUACAACCUCGACUGAAUCCGAGACUAUGGUGUGGGUUACCACCUCCACGCUCGGAGUUCUCACAACCAUGCAAGUCCCCUACACGCAGUCAUUUUCGAGCAUGUACACCUCAGUCUCCACUCCCAGCACCGGCUCGAUCGGUCUUGGAACUAUCUCAGGCACAGUCGGUUCCGUGCGCGCUGUUACAAGUACGAUUGUAUCAGCUGGCGCGAUUUUGAUGACUGAUGUCGACCGCAUCAUGAAGAUUGCUGUGUGGGCAGCUGGAAGUGCAGCUCUCUUCGUUUGCUCGAGCAGCUAUCUUUUGAUGUGA